AUGCCACGCCCGCUGCGGCUGGCGCUGGGCUGGGGCGUCGUCGCGGUGCCUGCCGCCUUGCUGGUCUAUGCGCUGGCCCUGGUGCCGUUCACGCCCGGCAUCAGCGAUAUCCGCAAGGCCAAGAGCGAACUGCCUGCGCAGUUGAUGUCGGCCGACGGCAAGCUGCUGGCCGAAUACCGCUGGGCCAAUCGCGAAUGGGUGCCGCUCGACAAGAUAUCGCCCCACGUCAUCGAUGCGCUGAUCGCCACCGAAGACCACCGCUUUUACGACCAUUUCGGGCUUGACUGGCGGCGCACGGCAUCGUCGGUGGUGCACACGCUGCGCGGUGACCCGCAGGGCGGCUCCACCCUCACGCAGCAGUUGGCGCGCAACCUGUUCCCCGAGGAGAUCGGGCGCUCGCGCGUGUUCCCGCAGGCCCUCACGCGCAAGCUCAAGGAGGCGAUCACGGCGGUCAAGAUCGAGGUCUCGUACACCAAGGACGAGAUCCUGGAGACCUACCUCAACACCGUGCCGUUCCUCUACAACGCCUACGGCAUCGAGAUGGCCGCACGCAC